AAAAACAUUGACAAAUAUCAUAUCUCUACAUGUCUUGUUUAAUACUAUAUUAAUCUACAUAAUAAUCAUAUUCUUUGUUCUUUCCGCUUUCACGUCUUUCUUUGGGAAUCUUUUUUGGUCUACAACGUCAAAAGCUGUCUAAAAUAACAAAACUCUGUAAUGGAGAUCACUAUAAAAAAAAAUUCGACUUUUUGAUGUGUUUGACAUUGUUUGAAUUAUACCCCACAAUGUUCAAUUUCACUUCACCUACUACAUACAACUGGUAAAAAUUCUCAAUCUAUUAUUACUUACUUAUCUAUUAUUCUUCAAAGUCAAGGUUGCCACGACCAGAAAUGCGUAGGACGAUCCUAUUUUUCGCCUUGUUUCUGGUGGUGGAAUCAGCUGAAUUUUUCCCAAAUGAAAGAGAUGCUUUGUUGCAGCUGAGAGAUAGUGUAAAUUCAAGUGUUGUUGAUUUACAUUCACAUUGGACAGGGCCUCCUUGUUACUACAACCAGAGUAAAUGGGCUGGAAUUUCGUGUUCUGAUGGCCAUGUAAAUCAACUUGUUUUAGAAGGAAUUCAGUUAACUGGUUCACUUCCACCAACAUUCUUGUUGCACAUAACUUAUUUGACAAAAAUCAGCUUUAGGAACAAUUUAUUUUAUGGUCCUGUUCCUAAUCUCACAGGACUAAUCGACCUGGAAUUUGUGUUUCUUUCAGAUAAUCGAUUUUCAGGUUUGAUUCCGUUUGGGUACGUUGAGUUAAAGAAACUAACAGAUUUGGAGCUCCAGGGGAAUGAGCUUGAAGGUUCAAUUCCACCAUUUAAUCAACAGAGUUUGAUUGGUUUCAAUGUGUCUUCGAAUAAACUGGAAGGGCCUAUCCCUGAAACUCCUGUUCUGAAGAGGUUUUCAAAGAGUAGUUAUGAGAAUAACGCGAAUUUGUGUGGUGAAGUUGUAGGAAUACCUUGUUCAAUAUCACCAGCAAGUCCACCUAAAGCACCAAGUGAAAAGAAAAAGAAUGGGCUUAAAGUAUGGAGUAUUGCUUUGAUUGCAGCAGCAGUAACAGUACUUGUUCUUGUCUCAAUCAUGUUCAUCUUUUUCCGUUACUUUAGAAGAUCUAAAAGAAAGGGAACACAAGGAGAAGACAAACAAGGUAAUAUUUCAAUAGAGAAUGUGGUAAAGAGAAGUUAUUGGUCCAAGAGCACAGAAGAUCCAGAAAAAACAUUGGACUUAAUAUUCUUUGAAAAGGAUAUGUCAGUCUUUGACAUGGAUGACUUGUUAAGGGCAUCAGCUGAAGUUUUAGGAAAAGGAAAACUAAGCACAACAUAUAAAGCAAUACUGGAAUCUGGUUCUGUUGUUGCUGUUAAGAGACUCAAAGAAAUGAAUUCUUUGAGCAAAAAGGAAUUCACACAACAGAUUCAGUUGCUUGGGAAAUUGAAACAUGAAAAUCUAGUGGAGAUGAUGUCCUUCUACUAUUCCAAGGAUGAGAAGCUCAUUGUUUAUGAAUAUGUUCCACAAGGAGACUUGUUUGAGCUCUUGCAUGAAAACAGAGGCAUUGGGAGACAACCACUAAACUGGACAGCAAGAAUAUCCAUCAUAAAAGAUGUAGCAAAGGGUCUAAAUUUCUUGCACCAGUCUUUACAAUCACAAAAGGUGCCACAUGGGAACAUUAGAUCAAAAAAUGUUCUAAUCCAGCAAGACCAAAACAAGAACUACCAUUCUAAGCUGACAGAUUAUGGAUUCUUUCCUUUGUUACCAUCUAAAGAAUCCUUAAGAAAAUUAGCAGUAGGAAAAUCUCCAGAGUUCUCUCAAGGGAAAAAGUUAACAAGAAAAGCUGAUAUCUAUUGCUUUGGUAUUCUUCUGUUGGAAGUGAUCACUGGAAAAAUACCAGGUGAAUUGUUUUCACCAGAAAAUGGGGUUACUAGUUAUGUUGAUGAUGAUUUAUCAGAGUGGGUAAGGACAGUGGUGAAUAAUGACUGGUCAACAGACAUUUUGGAUAUGGAAAUACUUGCACAAAAAGAAGGGUAUGAUGAAAUGUUGAAGCUUACUCAAUUGGCUUUGCAGUGUACUGAUGAGGCACCAGAAAAGAGGCCUAAGAUGAGUGAAGUGUUGAGAAGAAUUGAAGAGAUUGAGCUUGAACCAAAGAAUUUAGUCACUGAUGUGGAAGAUGAUUCAAUCUCUUAGUUGAAGACUUGAACUUUCCCUCCUAAAUUGUAAUCAAGCCGUGGCAGCGACAUCAACAUAUCCAGUAUAUUAGGUGGAAUUUGAACAAUACAUUCAAUAUAAUCUCAACCGAAGUCAAGAGUCUGAAAAUAUAUCCAAUAUAAUCUCAACUGAAGUUGGAGUCUGAAGAGAAUACAGUGAAGUGUAAACAUUAUCCAACCUAAUCCCAUUGGGUGAAAUACGAAAGAAGAUAAGAGUAUACACAUACAUUAUCCUACCCCAACCAAACAUGAAAGUAAAGAAGGAUAAAAUAUGCACAUACUUUACUCUUACAUAAUAGAGUAUAAUAGAGUAUGUGCAUACCUUACCCUAUAAUUAAGGGUUGAGAAGCUGGUAGGAAGAGGCUUUUAGCUCAACAGCAGAGUAAACUUAGUCUGAUGAUCUUACUCACAUUCUACAAGUUAAUUCUUUGUAGAUAUUGAUUUUGUUUUUGUUUUUUCAUUAUUAAAUCUUUUCCUUGAUGAAAACACCCUUUUUGUAGGAAUAGCAUAUACAGUUUUCUUUUU